GCGGCGCGCGGCGCGCGUGGCCCGGGAUGUCGCUGCUGAGGCUGCGGGCGGUGCUGAGGGGCCCGGGCGGGCUGAGGGGGCCCGGGAUCCCAUGGAGAAUCUUCAGGAGCUACACCUCUGCCAGCGCCAGGGAGAAGGCAAACAGAAAUGGUGCCUGUGAGAGGACGGAGCUGCUGGAAGUGCUCAAAGCUCGAGCGAAGCAGCUCCAAGGCAGUAACAUCCCAGAGGUGAUGGUCAACAAAGUGGACCUGGAGCCACUGGACAAUGACAAGGACCAGGAGUCUGUGGCUCCUGGCCCCAUGGAGAAGCAGACAGUUCCCAGGGCACAGGGUGAUGGCCUGGCCCGACCCAGCAGCUGGGCUGACAAGUUGCAGAAGGAGAUGCACAUUCGACAGCUGAAGAUGGAGCAGGGAUUGCCYGGUGCUGCCCAAGCCAAUCCAAAGGUGAAAGCAGAUGCUGCCUGGAGCCAGAGCAAGCCCACAGUGAUGGAAGUGAAGGAAGCAGUGGAACCAAAGAGGCCUCAGGGGGUGCCAAAGGACAGGAGCAACCAGAAGGUCCUGCAGCAGACCAUCCARUCCAACCUGGAGUGCUUCGUGUUCCUGCAGCAGCCGGAGGAGGCCGAGCGGUACCUGCUGCUGUGCCACAGCUCUCCCGUGAAGCGGAAGGUGCUGGAUGUUGGUGCCUACAACACUGUGAUGCGCAGCUGGGCCAGGAAGGGCUGCUUGAAUCGCAUUGACCGGCUGUUUUCCAUGCUGGAGUCCACCGGCCGCCGGCCCAACCUGGACUCCUACGCGGUGGCCCUGGAGUGCAUGGGCCGGAACCAGUCACCUCCCAAAGCCAUCUUGAGGUACCUGCAGCAGCUGAACAGCGAYGGAUUCCAUGUGGAUGAGCUCUUCCAAAAGUGCCUGUUUGAGAAAGAUGAGAAGGAGAUGGUGCUGUGGGCCAUCAGGACUGUCCAGCCCAACUACCAGCUGCCUCCUCCACCCAGCCCCCAGAUCUGCAAGUCUUCUCUGCUCCAGGACUACUAUGCCAGAGAGACGAUGGUGUCAUAUCCCAAGCUGGAUUUCUCCAUGAAGGAGUUGCAGGAGUGCUUCCAGCAGCAGCUGGAGAUGGAGCUGAAGAACACCAUAACCAUUGAAUCAGUGGAGACAGCCAAGCCCCUGACCCCACAGGCUGUCAAAGCGCGUGAGCUGCUGGGCACCCUCCGCUCCCAGUGGCACGACGCCAUCCUGCAGGCCCUGCAGAAUUCCAAGCGCAGCAUGGCCAAGCCCAGGAGGCUAUCGAAGCACAGCAUGCUCUACCCUUACCUGUGCCUGCUGCCCGAUGAGGAGUACGUGGACAUCAUGCUGCAGGUCCUCAAUGAUCUGUCUCCACAAGGUGAGUCCCUGGCUGUCCUGGCCAGGGAGCUGGGCUCCAAGGUCUAUGACAGAUACAUCAUCCAGAGGAAGCUGCGUAGCUGCCAGCUGGAGAAGGUGCAGGAGGUCUACAAGAAUUAUGUCCAGCUGCUGGCAAAGGACAGCCAGYCUGAACAGUACUUACCACGGGAAUACUGGGAGAAGCUGGUGGCUGAAGCAGGCUUUGGGCCCUCCCUUCACCUGAAGAACUGCAGCUGGCCCUGUGCACUCCUCAUGCACCUGGGCAUGCACAUGCUGGAGCUSCUGGUGAAGGCUGUCAAAGUGCCCAGGAACAUCCUCAAUCGUCGCCUGCAGUCCAAGCCUAUCCCUGUCCUCUACCACGUCUACUCCUUCUACAGCAGCUGGCAGGUUGGGCGGAUAAAGCCCCAUCCCAUCUUCUCCCGGCUUGUGUCAGAGGCUGCAGAGACCACACUGACCUUCAACUCCUCUGCCAUGCCCAUGCUGUGCCCCCCACUGCCCUGGACCUCCCCCCAUUUUGGUGCCUUUGUCCUCAACGACACCAAGCUGAUGCGUUUCAUGGACGACAUCAUCCACCACCAGCUGCUCCUGGAGCAGUGUCCCCUGGUGAACCUCCACCCYGUGCUCGAUGCCCUCAACCAGCUGGGCAACUGUGCCUGGAAGAUCAACCAACCAGUGCUGGAUAUCAUCAUCUCCAUCUUCAACGACAAAGGUGAUGAGAAGCUGGACAUCCCACCACCCCUCUCUGAGGCUCCCAAGCCUCCCACUGCUCCYGGCCAUUUCUCGACCUGGAGCGAAUCCCUCAAGCACGAGCUGUUCCUGUGCAAGAAAAAGACUGCAGAGAUGCACAGCCUGCGCAUGGACGCGCUCUACAAGCUUUCCAUCGCCAACUACGUCAGGGACAAGGUGUUCUGGUUCCCUCACAACAUGGAUUUUCGUGGCAGGACUUACCCGUGCCCGCCCUAUUUCAACCACCUGGGCAAUGAUGUCACCCGGGCCAUCCUGCUGUUUGCAGAGGGGAGGCCACUGGGGCCCAGGGGACUCGACUGGCUGAAGAUCCACCUCAUCAACCUGACGGGGCUGAAGAAGAAGAACACCUUGCAGGAGAGGUUGGAGUAUGCCAAUGAAAUCAUGGAGGACAUCCUGGACUCAGCUGACAACCCGCUCACGGGCAGGAAGUGGUGGAUGAACACUGAUGAGCCCUGGCAAGCCUUGGCAUGCUGCAUGGAAAUCGCCAAAGCCUCGAGGUCCCCAGAUCCAGCAGCCUACAUCUCUCACUUCCCRGUUCACCAGGAUGGCUCCUGCAAUGGGCUGCAGCACUAUGCAGCGCUUGGCCGGGACCUCAGCGGUGCUGUCUCCGUCAACCUGGUGCCCUGUGGGCUCCCUCAGGAUGUCUACAGUGCAGUGGCCCAGCAGGUGGAGGAGUUUCGGAAGAAGGAUGCUGAGAGGGGGGUGAAGAUUGCCCAAGUGCUGCAGGGCCUCAUCAGCCGCAAGGUGGUGAAGCAGACGGUGAUGACGGUGGUGUACGGGGUCACGCGCUACGGCGGCCGCCUGCAGAUCGAGAAACGCCUCAAGGAGAUCGAUGAGUUCCCUGAGGAGUAUUUGUGGGAAGCAUCUCACUACCUGGUGAAGCAGGUGUUCAACGGCAUCAAGGAGAUGUUCUCAGCAACUCGAGACAUCCAGAGCUGGCUGACAGAGAGCGCCAAGCUCAUYGCCCAGUCAGGCCGGACGGUGGAGUGGGUCACACCACUGGGACUCCCCAUCAUACAGCCCUACUAUCGCUCCAGGCCCACUGUGCUGAACUGUGGCAUGCAGAACUUGAGUGUGAAAAGCUACAACAGCAAUCAGAAACCUGACACUGUGAAGCAGAAGAAYGCCUUCCCCCCCAACUUCAUCCACUCCCUGGACUCCACACACAUGAUGCUCACAGCUUUGCACUGCCUCAGGAAGGGCCUGACCUUCGUCUCUGUCCACGAUUGCUACUGGACUCACGCGCUCACUGUGGAUGUUAUGAACCAGAUCUGUCGGCAGCAGUUCGUGGCUCUGCACAGCGAGAAGAUUCUGCAGGAUCUGUCCGAGUUCAUGCUGGAGAAGUACUGCAGUUCAUCMAGGUCCAGCACAGAACCCAUAGCCCGUUGGCAGAAGAGACUGAUGGAGCAGCUGUCAAAUGUCCCCAAGACAGGUGAAUUCAACCUGAAGCAAGUGAUGGAUUCCACYUAUUUCUUCAGCUGAGCCCUGGCAGCCCACAGGGCCCUGGGAUACCUCUGGACCUCCAGCCACGGUGGGCACUGGCCAGUGAUGCUCUUCUGUGCCACAUCUCACRGGGAAUGAGGUGCAGCCUCCAGCCCAGCAAGAGCCCUGCCCCACUCUGAGCUGCUGGGGCAAACUGGGACUGCUGGAGCAGCCGUUGGAGGAUGGAGCCUGCACUGUUUGCUGUCACUGCCCSUGU